AUGCAUCGUCUUUUUGCUGAGCUGGAGCCAUCUUUAAUCGUCACAGAGCAAAACCUGGCAGACCGAGUUCGGUAUAUCUUGCGCUCAAAUAUAUUUGAUGUCGCCGAACUCGAACGGCUACGACGUGAGGCUGUUCCCUCGUCGGAUGAGAAUGCUACGGCUGAGGAUGCGGCGCCACAAAUGGUAGAGCAACCCGCAAACGUGGAUGCCGCCGUGAAUACCCCAGUUGUGGUUGAUUCAAACGAUGAUGGAACAGUCGCCCAGGAACUGGAAUUAGAGCAUAUGAGGAGUAUAUUGGAAGAGGCGAUUGUGAAACGCGCAGUACGCCUCUCGAAAAUCGACCGCGACUUCCCCCGCAUAGCCCUAAGCAAGCGGAAUCGGGCUGUCGUGAGGGCUCUGAACCCAAUGCUGGUUACCUAUUUGGAAGCCAGCCGGGACCUUUGCGAGACGGACUCAAUUCUUUUUGGCGCCGCGCUGGCAGUCUGCCGUAUCAUAGGCGCCGAGGUUUCCACGGAUGGACGCGCUACUGGCCAUAGUAGCGCUAUCCCAGCAUGGAGAAGAAGAAUUGAGGAACGUAUCGCAAAGGCUAGAGCUCUCAUCGGCAGACUGAUAUGCUUCAGAUCAGGCAACAACAGGCCAAGAAUUGUGCGCACCGUCAGGAUGGCGUUUGCUGGGACAAAUGUCAGUUUGUCCCAGCCGGAUAUAACGCAAAAACUGACGGAGCGCAUAGAUGAUCUGAAGCAGAGAAUCGCUGCUUGGGGAAAGCGGAUUCGGCGAUAUACCGAGAGGUCGACACGGUUCAACCAGAAUCGUCUCUUCCAGAGUGAUCAGAAGAGGCUCUAUGAAUCAUUGGAGCGACCAAUGGUAAGUGGAACGGGUCCAGCACCGGAUCAGGCCGACACUGUAGCAUUCUGGCGCGGCCUGUGGUCAGAGCCCGUAAACCACAGCGAGGGCCCUUGGACGGAAGUUGUGGCGAGUCAGUGUGCGGGUAUUACGCCCAUGGACCCCGUCAUCAUAACGCCGGAUGACGUAGCUGAGGCGGUUCGUAGGGCCCCGAACUGGAAAAGUCUGGGGCUUGACGGGCUGCAUCACUACUGGCUGAAGGGGUUCAUGUGUUAUGAUGACAGUAAAUAUUUCUGUAACGUAGAGGUACUUCAACUGGUGAUAAGGAAUUCCAUAUUACCUAUCAACCGUUAA